AUGACACUUACCACUCUAGGUUUAACUUUGACGCUUGCACCACCUUCCUUGACAAAAACAGAUCUUCCCCUAAGCAGAACAGCUUCCAUUACAGGUUCCAGUUCAACUCUGAGCCUCACGUCUUCGCGUGUAACCGAAGGAAGGGCAUUGACCACAGAAAGUCAAAUCAUCACACCUAGGCCAAAUAUUUCUUCAACUAACACAGUUAGCAAUCCACAGUUUCCCACCACGACAGCAAGCCAAACAAGCGACGUUGUGGGCCACCAGCCGCUACCCAUAUAUGAUGAAUGGCCUUCCGAUGCCGUUAUUAUCUGCAUUCGAUUCGGCAGUAUAAACAUUAAGGGAUGGAAGUUGAACCUUCCUAGCGGAAUCUACCCUCACGGGCGACCUCCAUCACCGAAUAUCAAACUUCCACCGGGAAUUAACUUCCAAGGCGAGCUUCCGCCAUGGCCCAAGUUCACCGUCGGGGCUAAGGGAUUCCAACUUUCCCUAACCAGCCCGAACCUACUAAAUGUGAGACCAGGACAGCCUCACUAUGCUCAACCACCACAUCGAUGUUCUAUAUCUCCGACCACAGCAACAUUAUCAUGCACCCCUACCCCUACUGGGAAAGACCGGCGACAGGUUGAGACAAGGAUUAGAACCUUGGAUACAAUAUCUAUGGGUAUCAACUUCUGGAGAGUAUAUCUCACUCCUAGUCAGGUCCAGCAUGUCAAGGGCAUACCGAAUUACGUCAUUGGAGGAUUUGACGUAGGCAGUCAGAUGUCUAUUUGCUCUGCCAGAUCUCUCCCAAAUUGGGACCGUCCGUAUAUAUUUGACAAGAGCACUAGGAAAGAUAUUCCUGCCUACAUUGUAGAUACUGGAGCACAAAUUGAUCACCCAGUCCGUAUGCACACUCGUCGUGGUCUGUAUGCCCAAAAAUUUAACAAUGUUGUGACAGGAAUCAAUCAAGGUGACAGGGCAGCUACAAGGGCCGAAUUUAUAUACGCUUAUGAGGACCAUGACCAUGCAGAGAACCUCGACCCUCGUGAUGACGCGGGAAUGCCACGGAAUGGCAUUUGUCCUCCUGCCAGAACUCGCAUCCCGCACGGAACUACAAUGUUAGGCGCCGUGAUGGGUGCCAAGCUCGGGAUCGCCAAGAAGAUCAAACCAUACAUAGUACGCACUCCGCGAAGGGACCCUAGAGGCAGCAAUCCCAUGGCGGAGGAUUAUGUGCUAGGUUAUCAAAGAUCAGUGACCGCUAUUCGGACAGUAGAGAGGUAUAUUUCCGUCGCUGGCGCGGGUAAUGUCCCUUCAUCAAUCAUCAAGGGAUGGCCUUCCCUGUUUGGCGCUAACGUCUCAACAUUGACUGAGGAUGAACUACAAGGAUGGCUAGAUAUUCCUCAGAUAUUAGUUGUCGGAGCCGUGGAAACAGUUGAAGGAAAAAUCUCAUCGAAUUCGGGAUGGGAUAAGCGGAGACAUAUUCCUGACGUUCAUGCGCCCGGUGUCGAUAUUAUUGUGGCGGACGGGAAUAAGGGGGAAUGGGCUAGGAAUGCGCAUUACAAGCAAUCAGAUGGCACCUCCCUUGUGUGGAAUGGUGCAGAGUGGAACGGCGUAGGCCACUUCCCUUACGAGUGGUCGAUCUUUCAGCUGCGGGCAAAUGAUAAAUUGACGGAUCAAUGCAUGGCGGCAGCUACCUCAACUGGAGAUCCUGCCGUACAUAGUUCCAAAGCUGUCUAG